AUUUUCCUUACCUCACAAAAAUGGAGGAAGGCUCUGUCCAGUUUGGCAUGUGACAUAUCUACUGGACACCGUUGAACAAAUUCUUCUGUGUAUACUUUUUUAAAAAAUAUUUUAACUUUCUUUAACUAGGCAAGUCAGUUAAGAACAAAUUCAUAUUUUCAAUGACGGCAUAGGGGUUAACUGCCUUGUUUAGGGGCAGAACGACAGAUUUUAACCUUGGCUGCUCGGGAAUUCGAUCUUGAAAUCUUUCUGUUAACGUUACUAGUCCAACGCUAGGCUACCCGCCGCCCCGUGCCAAUUUGAGUUAGUGUACUGUGCACAAUCAACACAGGAAAGCAGAAUUCCAACCUUGGAACUGGAAAUUGUGUGUUAUGAGAGUGCUAAUAGGAGGAGGAUCUGGGUUUGUGGGAAGAGAGCUGACUCGUUUACUCAAAAACAAAGGUCAUGAAGUCACAAUAAUAUCUCGACAGCCAGGUCUGGGAAAGAUCACAUGGGGUGAAUUGGAGUCUGGUGGCCUCCCACCAUGUGAGGCUGCUGUCAAUCUGUCUGGGGAGAAUCUUAUGAACCCACUGCGAUGGUGGAAUGAGGGUUAUAGGAAGGAUCUGUUCUCCAGUCGGAUUGACACAACCACAAUUCUGGCUCAAGCCAUUGCUGGGUCCCCCAGUCCCCCUCAUGCUUGGGUCCUAGUCACAGGUGUAGCAUGUUAUAAACCCAGUCUAACAGCUCAGUACACAGAAGACAGUGAGUGGACGCCAUUUGACCUCCUGUCAAGACUGGUGAAGGAAUGGGAGUGGGCGGGGCGUCUUCCUGAAAACAUUGCACAGAAUACCAGACAAGUAGUAAUCAGACCAGGGGUAGUACUGGGUCGUGAUGGUGGUGCCAUGAAGCAGAUGAUGACUCCUUUCUGGCUAGGCCUUGGAGGCACUUUGGGGUCUGGCAGACAACCAUUCCCCUGGAUCCAUGUCUCUGACCUGGCUGGAAUCAUCGCUCAUGCCCUGGAGCCCUCUCCCGACACCCCCUCCUCUGCUGUCCCUCAAGUGUUUAACGGUGUUGCCCCAGCACUGAACACCAAUUACGAGUUCACCAAAGAGCUGGGCCGGGUUCUGAGGAGACCCACUGUCUUCCCUGUGCCUGGAUUUGUCAUUGAUGCCCUAAUGGGUUCAGAGAGAGCCAUAGUGCUAACCCAGGGUCAGAAAGUAGAACCCAAGAGGACUCUGGAGUCAGGCUUUCAGUACCAGUACCCAGACCUGAGCUCUGCCCUGAAGGAGAUUGUUGAGAGCUAGAUGUGAAACAGGAGAUGUCAAGAGACUGAAGAGAUUAGAUUUUGUAACGUGAGAGAACUUCACUGAUGUGAGCUUUUUUCCUGAAUAAAUAUGAUGGACCCUGUCUUUCAAAAAAGUGUCCAGUGUCCACUGCAAGACAGGAAUAUGUACAUAUAUAAAAUCUUCUACACGUUAGCCAAUAAUGCAUUCUCAGCCUAGAGGUUUCUGUGACCUCAGAAUGUAAUGAGUAACAUGAUUUGAGCACUUGAA